AUGUCGAUUCCUGCACUCGUUGGCGGCUUUGAGCUCCGUCAGUAUGACCUUCCUGGCGCUAUCACCUUUGCCGGCGCGUAUGGCCUCGUCGUGCCUGUGCUCGUUUAUCGAGCAGUUGUGGCCAAUUCAAGAACGGCGAUGAUCUUUGAAAUAAUCCCAUUCGCCAUCGAACGAUGUGUAGUGUUCUGUUUGCGCACUGUCGCUGCAGCGAAGCCGGGCUGGCAGUCUGCAGGAUUGAGCGAGUACUUCCAGGUCACGUUAGCGCUCGAGUUCAUCGCUCUUGCGCAAAUUUUAUCGGGCAUGAUACGCACUGUGCUCGUCAACUCCACCAACCCGCCGCCAGAGGACGAGCCAGAGCCUACCAAGUUGACAGGCAGUCCGCUCGUCCAAGACCAGUCGUCUGAAUGGAUCGUGCCCCCGACCAACGACAGUGAUGUGCAGCGGCGACGCAACUACCGCAGUGUGGCCGGCCUUCAAUUCCUCCUGUUCUACCUCCCCGCUCUUAUUCUCGCCAUUGUUUCCACACGCAGUCUCUACGCCAACGACCAGGUCUCCAAAAACAACCUGAUGCAGCGAAUGCGCUACGCCAGCACCGCCCUCGGUGCCGUCCUGCUCAUCUGGGAAGUCCACUCGCUGGCCAUGGCCUGGAGACGAAUCCAGAAUAUUGACAGACGCGCAGUCAAGUACCUCUUGCUCUUGACUGCCCUCCUGUUCCUCCCAGCCAUCUACCGCCUCUGCGUCAUGUGGCACACCACCGCUGAUAUCGCUGCCCCGACGCACGCGGCCCUCAACACCCGAGCAGACAAAGUCAUGUUUUACCUUUUCCAUGUUCUGCCGGAAUGGCUAGUGGUAACCUUGUUGUCCCUCGUCAACGCAAAGCAGGUGUGUAAUCUGGGGCUGAGAGGGGACCAUCGUUCCAAGGACGAGACGCCAGAACAGAGGGAGAAGCGUUGGGCAAAAGUACGCGCAAAGAAGGCCAAGCGGGAGCAGAAAAAACAGGAAAAAGCGGCCAGGCGAAAUGGUGGUGGCCAGAUUGAGCUAUCCCCUACCGCUAGUUUCAAGUCGAAGCCUUAUUCAGUGUAG